CAGUAAAAGGAGUAACAGAAGUUUCUAGGAGACACAGUGUGGGCCUAUCAGCAACCAAGGAUGUGUCUGAUCUCAGAGGAAGGCUGUGCUUCUCUGGCCUCAGCUCUGAGAUCCAACCCCUCCCAUCUGAGAGAGCUGGACCUCAGCUACAAUCAUCCAGGAGGACCAGGACUGAAGCAGCUGACUGCUGGAGUGGAGAGACCAGAUUGGAGGCUGGAGAUUCUCAGGGUGAACCACGGUGGACAGAAGAGGUUAAGACCUGGUCUGCUCAAGUAUGUCUGUCAGCUCACACUGGACCCAGACACUGCUCACCAACGCCUCCUACUGUCUAACAACGACAGGACAGUGGGACAAGGAAGCCAAGACCAGAACUAUCCAGAACAUCCCGACAGGUUUCACAAAUAUCAUCAGCUGCUUUGUAGAGAUGCUCUGCGUGGUCGCUGUUACUGGGAGGUGGAGUGGGGAGGAGGAACUUCUUAUCUUAUCGACGGCACAAGUUAAAAAACCUGCAGCCACUAUGUCAUGUCACAGCAAUGACAUCACAAAGAUGUUGAAUCUUCAUCUUUGUUUGAAGGAAAGACCUGACCACAGCAGUCUGUGUCUUCUGAUGCAGUUUGUGUCUCAGGCU